ACGCAGGACCCCCUGCCGCUGUGGCUUCAGAUUUCCUAGAGCUCGUGCGCGACCGAUUGCAACUGAAUUUGCGCUAUGGGAAGCCGUCCCUCUUUGCGCCGAGGAGCCACAGAAGCUCAGUGCCUUCAGCAGCAGCAGGUAGUCUUUGGAGGAAGUGAGGAGCUUUAUGAGUGGAGGUGUGGGUUCUAGACAUCAUUUCUCUGUGAGUGGAUGGGAAUCGAGGAGUGAUUCUUGCACACCAUGUACAAGUCGCUGAGAGCUGUGCCUUUUCGGCGAAGCCUCUCUGCAACGAAAAGAGUGUUGGCCCCUCAGUCAGUUGCUGCAAUAACCGAGGACGCCCAUAAAUCACAGAAUUCGUCCACGGUAGGACAAGAAGCUACCGAAAGUGCCCUCGGAUUGACACAAACAGGUGUUCAAAGGAUAGAUAAUUUAACCCGCCGAGUUUCUCGAGAUAUAAAAUUAGGGAGGGAUGAGGUUGCCACGAGACUGCUACCUCGGAUGGGAUCACAAGACAGACCCGCCACAGUGGUCUAUUGUAAUUAUCUACUCAACAGUUGCGCACGUGCCAGGAACUUAAACAUGGCAAAGGAGGUUUACAGGUUUAUGGAAAGAAAUGGGUUGAGAAUGAACGAGAUUUCAUAUGGGUGCUUCCUGCGCACCCUCUGCCGGACUGGGCAAUUGGAUGAAGCCUUGGAAUUGUUGUCCGUACUUUCUAGAAGCAAAGGAGUUAAGGCAAACCUUGUUAUGUAUAAUACAGUCCUUAACGGUUGCAGUCUAGCCAAGAGCAAAGUUCAUGCCGAUAAGUGUUUGGCGUUGAUGGACAGACAAGGGGUGGCUAAAGAUGAGAUGUCCUAUGUUGAGCUCAUCAAGCUCUCAGGACUAUUGCAGGACACUUCGAGUGUGAAACGCUGGUGGGAGGAACUUGUCACGAAAGGGGAACUGAGUCCAUCAUCUCGCUGUACUGCCAUCGUUGCGUUGUGUCGAUCAAGAGCUCUUCCAGAAGCCCUUACAGCGCUAACGGAAAUGUCUAACAUCUUGUCAGCUAAUUCUUCAUUCCAUCUUCUACCUGGAAAAAGAAGUCGUCCUCCUAGAUCUGAAACAGAAUCUGAUACGAGAGAAGAGUUGUCUUCAAGUCAGAGUGAGCGACGUUCAGAACCACAUACUGGUCAUGAUAUACCAGGUUCGAGCGAGGCUCAACCUUUGACUGGGUUUCAUCACUGGGAAGUGCGGAAGGAACUUCAGGACGCCUUCAAUGCUCUCAUAAAUGCUGCUGGUCAGGCCGGCCAACACAAACUAGCAGAAUCAUUAUUCUCUGAGAUGAGGAAUUUGGGGUUGAGACUCAGCAUAUACACAUUCAAUGCGCUAUUGAGGGCUGUUGUAGAAGGGCGGGGCGUCUCACAUGCUCUUCGAGUGGUCAGAAGUAUGGAGGCAGUCGGAGUGCGCCCUGAUACACACACAUUUACCACUCUCUUGGAUGGUUAUAGCCGUAGUGGGAAAUUAGAUAAGGCUGAAGCAUUACUUGCUAAAAUGGAAGAUAGUAAACCAAAUCAAAGGCCUUCUAUCUAUACGUACAACAUCCUCAUUAAGGCUUGCGCUUCUAAGAAUGAUCCAGAGAGAGCACUGCGAGUAUUCGCGAAAAUGAAAGAGUCGGGAACGGCUCCCGAUAGUCACACCUACUGUGCUCUGCUGAGUGCAUGUGGAGCUGUGUCUGGAAGGCCAGAUUUAUCUGAUGCGUGGUCUCGCAAGGAGGUUGCACAGAGAGUGAUAGCUAUAGAGAAAGAUAUGGCUCAAUCAGGUGUACAUCACACAGCAGCAUCCGUUUCUGCCUUGAUGAGUGUACUUGGGUCAGAGGGCAUAGUGGAUGCAAUGCUUCAGAACUUGCGUGCUUGCCAAGAGACGGAUCUUACUACCAGGAAGAAAUUGUUGGAUACAACGGCUUACAACACUGCUAUGAAUGCUUUUGUACAAUCAAAGAAGUUUGACGAAGCAUGGGAUAUUUUCACGGAAAUGAGGUCACUUGACGUAAGACCUGAUAUCUACACGUACAAUAUUCUCAUUAAUGCCUGCUCCCACAAGCAAAGUGUGUCGACUGCUCUUGAGCUGAUGGAUAUCAUGCGCAAAGCUAAGAUUGCUCCUGAUCUGAUUACUUACAAUUCACUUAUCAAGGUCAUGUGUCAUUGUGGAGAGUUAGAUUCAGGGCUGCGAGUUUUAGGAGAGAUGCAAGACGCAGGUGUGCAGCCUGAUGUUACCACUUUCAACACCUUGCUUGCUUCUGCAUCCUAUCAUAAACGGAAGGGACUUGCCGAGUACCUUGUUGAGGAGAUGAGACUUUGUAAUGUUGCGCCAGAUACACACACUUGUUCCCAAGUGAUUUCCUUAUACAUGCGCUCUGGGAAUUUGGCAGAGGCCUCUGAAGCUCUCUCUGUUCUAAGCUCGCGAAUGCGAAAGCCAAUGGGAACUCAGCAGGGAGUAACUGAAGAGGACGAGAAUGCCAGUUCUGAUAAAGAUAGUGACGAAGAGUUGGAAGCAGCUUUGCUAUCUCCUGAGCCUGAAGCGCAUGCAGUCUACACAUCUACUUUAGCAGGAGUGAUUCAAGGGCCGCAUGAUGCUUCAUACAUAGAAAAUUCAACUUGGGCAACGCGGCUGCGAGAGCAACAUGAGCUAUGGAAUCGUGGACUCCAGAAAGGUACCACGUAGUCCAGAUAGUGGCGAUGAAUCCUCUCUAGUUGCACUAGGUAGAGCAAUUUUGAAGCUUUAGUCAGGAUACGUUUCUAAGAGUGAAUUACUUAAGGACCGUGGGUCAUGUUCCUCAUGGUCCUGGUGCGCUGUUAUUAGAUUUAUUGCGAAGAGGGAGUCGUACUGCCAUUAUUGUAGUCCGUGAUGUUACUACCGCAUUGUUACGCUAGCACAAGUCCCCUUGGAAAGGCUCACCAUGAAUUUGUGGCAAUAUUCACCUGGGUACUGACGAAGUGAAGGAUCUCGCAUGCUUUUGAUCAGUCUUGUCGAGGGAGGACGGUGACAUGGAUAAAAGCAGUAGUAUUAUAAAGGUGCUUACAAUUAGAAAACAAUUGAAGCUUUUGGUUUCUCCAAGGGUGUCUGCGUUU